AUGCCGGCCGCGACGAUGUUUUCCAAGUUCAAAAGUAGCGCCACCAGUGCACCGCCACAAAACUCCUACGACAACAAUCCUAUCACGCAGUACUUUGAAAUAGGAAAGCAAGUCGCCUGCGCCGGACCGGAGCUGAUAUGGAAGAUCCACGAAGGUUUCCGGAAAACGGAUGGAAAGGAAUGUUCCAUCUUUGUGUUCGAAAAACGGACGGCCGAAAAGCUGCACAAACCGAAACGGAAAGAGACGGUUACGGAAAUUUUACGAGCCUCCGUGAAGCAGCUGGAAAGGUUUCGACAUCCGAAGAUCCUACAGAUCAUGCACACCGUGGAGGAAAGCUCGGAGACCCUGUCUUUCGCCACCGAGCCCAUCAUUGCCAGCUUGGCCAACAUCCUCGCCUACCACGAGGCAGGAGGGAUAAUUACGGGCCCACCGAUCACCGGAGCUUCCGGGCAGCACUGCCCAAACAGCAUGUCCGCCAAUCGACCAGCCCAUGCGAAGGAAUACACCUUUCUGGACAUCGAAUUGAAAUACGGAAUCCUCCAGAUUACCGAAGCGCUAUCGUUUCUUCAUUACUCGGGCCAAGUUAUACACAAAAACGUGUGUCCUUCGUCAAUCCUAAUCACCAAGAAAGGCACUUGGAAGCUGGCCGGUUUUGAGUUUACCGAACGCAUCAACGAAACCGACGCCACCGAUCCAGUACCUUGUCAACCGUGGUCAUCCCGAGCCUCGAAGCUGGUUCAGCCGAAUCUAGACUACAUGGCGCCCGAAAUUCAAAUCAACAGCAGCUGCAGCAUACUGAGUGAUAUGUUCUCUCUUGGAAUGGUCGUAUGUUCCAUUUUCAACCACGGCCGCUCGUUAAUACAGUCUGGAAACUCUCCAUCGGCAUACAUCAAGCAGAUGGAACUGCUAGAUGAAGCCGUGCACAACAUCCUCCCAAGAAUACCGAUUCCUCUACAGGAGGCAACCACACGGCUCCUGAAGAAAUCGCCUGGCGCUCGUCCGACAGCUCAGCUACUGACACUCAUCAAAUACUUCAGUGACCCGGCGGUGCAGGCGCUACAGUUUCUCGACGUGAUCAACAUGAAGGACCCGACGCAGAAGACGCACUACUACCGUAGCACCCUCAGAGAGGUCUUACCCUUCAUCCCGCGGAAACUAUGGUGGCAACAUAUCUGGCCUAAUCUGCAACAAGAAAUGCGAGCUGAUGAAGUCCUGGCUGCAGUACUGCAGCCUGCACUUACCCUAGUCCAAGAAUCUUCGAACACGGAAUACGAAGCAAUCAUUUUACCUACCUUUAAGACUGUUUUUGUAGCUCCAAAAUCUAUACAAGCAACCGUAGCGUUAUUAGAAAACUUACAUAUUAUCCUAGAAAAAACACCACGAGACGAUAUACGGACUGAAGUUUUACCCUUGCUGUUCAACGCCCUCGAAAGCACGACGAUACAGGUACAGAGUGCGGCGCUCGUAGCAGUUACAAAUGUGUACGAUUAUUUGGACGAUAUCACGAUCAAAAAGCUGGUGCUACCGAAACUAAAGGCAGUGUUUGAGAAGAACCAAAAUGAUUUGAAAAUCAUGGGCAACGUGCUGCAGUGUGUCGAAAGGACGUUAGAUAAACUAGAUAAGUCUCAGAUAAUCGACGAGGUGCUCCCUUUACUGCUCGAGGUUCGACUCACCGAUCCGGACAUAGUGGUGCGAGUAGUCAAUAUCUACCGAAUCAUGCUGUGUGACAAAAAGUACGGCUUAACCGUAAAUAUCAUGGCGACCAAGGUGAUGCCCACGCUGCUACCGCAAACCGUGAACCCGACGUUGAAUCUGGAACAGUUCAUGAUCCUCCUGGAGGUGCUUCAAGAAAUGUUGGACCAAAUAGAUAGACAACAACGUAAUAAAUUGAAGCUGGACAAUCUUUCGCUACCGUCACCCGACCGGCACCGACCACUGCGGCACCAGUUUUCGUCGGACAACAUGAACGCCCAACAGUUUAACAUUCCGAAUCUUCGAAUCGAUCAACGCAAAACAUCGAGCGCAGAGGACAUGGCGCGGAAAAACUCGACAGGUACCCGAAGAGGAUCGGGUGCUCUAGGUAGCUGGUGGUUCGGCGGAUCGCCGUCCUCGCCGGACAGCAACUUCCUGCGCGUGGUGAACGCCUUCCCGAACCGACGCUUGUCCGACAACACUCUUAUGACACCGAAAAUACGAAUCGCCCCGUCUUGUGCUUCGUCUCCGGGCGGAACCCCGGGCGGAGGACUACCCAUAAGACGUCACUCGAGCAUUGGUCCACAGGAACGACGAGGCUCCAAUAUCAAUUUGUCACCACCAACUCAGGCUUUCAGCGCUCGAGGAGGCUCCGGUUCAAGCCUUUCAGUGCCUUCCUCAUCUGCUUAUGUAGGAGGCUCGAUGCCGAACACUUCGAGCAGUGUUCCAUUCUUACUAUCGUCGAGCAUGCAAUCAAUAAGGAGCCGUCGUACCUCGACCGUGCUCUCGUCCGGACCGCUCGGUUCCGGUUCCGGUCUGCUCCAACAGCUCGGUUCCGGCAUGCGACAGUUGUACGCACUUAUGACUAAAGAUAGAUUCACGGUCAGCAGUAACACUAGUCCACAGGCAACAACUGCCAAACCACAGGGAGCCCUAUCUGCAUCAACAACUUCCCUCAACACUGCUACGACCACCACUAGCACAGUCCCUCACACCAGCAAGCUAGCCACAACCGGUACAGGCACCUUUGCCAACUUUACCUCCGCCAUCACGGUCAACGAUGCUUCAACAACUCUUUCGUCCAUCACGCAGAUCGCAAGAACACCAACAAUCAGUUGUCCCACGGCGUUACCCAUCACGACCACCACCAAAUGUCCAUCGCCUAGUAAUUCUCGGGCCGUUUCUCCUGGUGGUGGGCGAACGAACAGCUUCGGAACCCCACCAGUAGUCACAGGUGGUUCUGCCAGGGCUUCGUCUGUAACGCAUGUCUCCAAUUUUACAACCUCGCGCGUAUCGGUUCUACUUUCUCCAACCACUUUGCCUACUGUUGGUACGUCAUCAGCCAAAUCACCCACCUUAUUCGGUAGCGGUGGUAAUCGUUAG